CCAUCAAAACCAGUUAGGAAAACAAGAAGUAAGAGAUAAAGUUUUGCAUAUCAAAAGAGAUGAGGCCUGCCAGCAACUCUACUGCAUCUGCAACUGGAACCGGUUUCGGGCACUGGAACUCUCCCGUUCCUUACCUCUUUAGUGGCCUAGCACUCAUGCUAGGACUCAUUUCUUUUGCAUUAGUCAUUCUGGCUUGUUCGUACAAAAAAUCUCCAUCCAAUUCCGCUCAUGAUGAAGCUGAAGAAAAGCCUGCCAAGCAAGUGAGCAUGCAACUAGAAAUGGAGCCUAAGAUUGUUGUCAUCAUGGCUGGUGAUGAAAAUCCUACGUACCUGGCGAAGCCGGUCUCUUCCACUCGCCUUAGUGAACAAGUUUGAGAGAGUUACAUGAAGCUUAAGGGGCAAAACUUAAAAGAGUAUCUUUUAUCUUUCAACCUUAAUUCCUUCAUCAUGGUUUUUUUCCAUAUAAUUCUUUUUGUUGUGUUUGUUUUCUUUUUCUAGUUCAGGUAUAGUUGCGGUUUUGCGGGAAUAUGUAAAUGUUGAUGAGCAUAUGAAAGAUGUUAAGCUCACCUUUUUUGUGGGUGUUUUACAAAUAAUCUUCAUUUGUUUCCUUU